AUGCUUAGAAAGGAUUCAGCGGUGGUGAUCAACACAUGCCAAAUCGCCACACAACCCGUAAAUUUGGGAUUCAAUAUUGUGUGCCAUGAACGGAAUGAUCACAAAGAUGACAUUAAAUCUAAUUCCGAAGAAUUGUUGGAAGGUACUGAUGGUGAUAUCAAUAAUAAUAUUAAUAAUGAUCCUAUUAAAAAUCGAGAUCAAGUUCGAUUUGUUGUCAUGAGUGACAGCCAUCAAUUCUAUAAGAAUCAUUUGCAACAUUUGAGUGAUGUUUUAUUGAAACAAAAUUCAAAAUUUGGGGAAUUAUUGCGGAAUGAAAAUACUUGUCGAACUGAAAUUGAAAAUACUAAUCAUCAAUUGCCACAAUCGGAGCACUCUUCAAAGGAAAAUAACAAACAAUACAAUGUUUUACUGCAUUGCGGUGACUUUGGAUUUUAUGGCAAGAAAAACAGUUUACUCAAUUUCAAUAAGGAAUUUCUUGGAAAUAUCAAAGACAUGUUUGAUGCCAUCGUUGUAAUAUUGGGAAAUCAUGAUCAUCCAUUGAUGGAAGCGCUAGAUUUUGAUGUGGAGAGUUUCAAACAGAUGUACUUGUCGAAUGCAACUCAUUUACUGUUUGAUUCAUCUGUUUCACUCUUCGAUCAACGAGUGAAAAUUCAUGGAUUGUCAUGGCAAUCGAAAGAAGAGCACACAUUUUGCUUUAAUCAAUAUCCAUCAUCCCAACAUGAAGAGAUGAUACAACGAUUGAAAAUGAAAAAACUAUUGAAAAUUGCUCACGACACCAAUAUUUUGUUGAGUCAUGAACCACCAAAAGGAUACUUGGACGAUGGUAAUGGAAGCAAGGCUCUCUCUCAGUACAUUUUGCUUGAAGCAAGCCUUGCCUUGAAAGUGGUGGCAUUUGGACAUGUUCACAGCAAAUAUGGCUAUGAAUCUUUGCAAGCGAACAAGGGAAGAACUAUACACAUAAUCAAUGCGGCCGUAAAUAUGACAAAUGCACCCGUUUAUUUUGACUAUUUUCUGUAG